UGGCCCGGCCGGCGGCGGCGCCGUGCCCCAUGCGCCGCUGCUGCCCUGCUCUCUGCACCGGCACCAACACCGGUACCGGUAACACCGGUAACACCGGUACCGGUACCGACACCAUCACCGGCAGCGCCGCCAUCGCCAUCGCCGCCGCCGUGUCCCGCCCGCCGCUGCUGGUGCUGGUGCUGCUGCAGCGCCGCCCCGCGCCGCCCGCUCCUGCGCCUCCGCCGCACAAGAUGGCGGCCGGUGGCAGCGGCGGGGGCCCCGGGGGCCUGUCCUCCUCCUGCCCGCAGCCGCCGCCGGGUAACGGUACCGGUGCCGGUGCCGCCGCCGCCUGCACCAACGGAGCCCCCGCGUCCCCGCCCGGCCUCACCUACAACCAGUGCGGAGCCUCCAACCCGGCGGCCGGCGGCGGAGCAGGCGCGGGGGCCGCGGCGGGGGCCGGCGGGGGGGCGGGCGGGCCCGGCGGGGCGCUGCAGCGGGAGCCGGUCUAUAACUGGCAGGCCACGAAGCCGACGGUGCAGGAGCGGUUCGCGUUCCUCUUCAACAACGAGGUGCUGAGCGACGUGCACUUCCUGGUGGGCAAGGGCCGCGGCUCGCAGCGCAUCCCGGCGCACAGGUUUGUGCUGGCUGUGGGCAGCGCGGUCUUCGAUGCGAUGUUUAAUGGUGGAAUGGCCACAACUUCGACAGAGAUUGAGCUGCCUGACGUGGAGCCUGCUGCCUUCCUCGCUCUGCUGAAGUUUCUUUAUUCAGACGAAGUUCAGAUUGGACCAGAGACUGUUAUGACAACGCUUUACACAGCUAAAAAAUAUGCAGUUCCAGCCCUUGAAGCUCAUUGUGUGGAGUUCCUUAAGAAGAACCUCCGAGCAGACAAUGCAUUUAUGCUGUUAACACAGGCAAGACUCUUUGAUGAGCCUCAGCUGGCCAGCCUUUGCCUGGAGAACAUAGACAAGAACACGUCAGAUGCCCUCAACGCGGAGGGGUUUACAGACAUUGAUCUGGACACCCUGGUUGCAGUGCUGGAGAGGGAUACCCUAGGGAUCCGGGAGGUGCGUUUGUUUAAUGCAGUGGUUCGCUGGUCGGAGGCUGAGUGUCAACGGCAGCAGCUCCAGGUGAUUCCAGAGAACAAGAGGAAGGUUCUGGGCAAAGCACUUUCUCUUAUCCGCUUCCCAUUGAUGACUAUUGAGGAGUUUGCAGCAGGGCCUGCCCAGUCGGGAAUCCUGACGGACCGGGAAGUGGUGAGCCUGUUCCUCCACUUCACAGUGAACCCCAAGCCCCGGGUGGAGUUCAUCGACCGGCCGCGCUGCUGCCUGCGGGGGAAGGAGUGCAGCAUCAGCCGUUUCCAGCAGGUGGAGAGCCGCUGGGGGUACAGUGGGACUAGUGACAGGAUAAGGUUCUCUGUAAACAAAAGGAUAUUUGUAGUUGGGUUUGGAUUAUACGGAUCCAUACAUGGGCCAACGGAUUACCAAGUAAAUAUACAGAUCAUCCACACCGACAGCAACACGGUGCUGGGGCAGAACGACACCGGCUUCAGCUGUGAUGGAUCAUCAAACACCUUCCGGGUCAUGUUCAAGGAGCCUGUGGAGAUUCUACCCAACGUCAACUACACAGCAUGUGCUACUCUAAAGGGUCCAGAUUCCCACUAUGGAACCAAAGGACUGCGCAAAGUGAUCCACGAAUCGCCAACAACGGGAGCCAAGACCUGUUUCACUUUCUGCUAUGCGGCUGGGAACAACAACGGCACAUCCGUGGAGGAUGGACAAAUCCCAGAGAUCAUCUUCUACACAUAGUGCAGCUGCGGAGCUGGCGCUGGACUCCUCUUCCCCAUCACCUUCCAAACUAAAUCCCUGGCUGAGUUUGCCCACACCAAUUGGAGCCACACUAGCCAAAGGUCUCAGUAAAAUCAUUUCAAAGCUCA